AUCAUCAGUGUAUCCUUUGCUGGGCAUGUUUUGCUGACUGGCAAGGUUAUAUGAAGUGCUUUUAUUGAAGCACCAUUUUAACUAAUAGCUCAUGGUAUUUUCUGCUUCCCUUCGUAGGGAAUUUAGUUAUUUUAUUUUAUUAUUUAGCUAAUUUAGCUAUUUUAAAAUAGCUAAAUUUUAGCUACUUUUUUUUCAAUUGACAAAGAAGGAUGUCUAAUCAAAGACUACCGCUGAUUUUUUCUCUGUUGUUUAUCUGCUUCUUCGGGGAGAGUUUCUGCAUUUGUGAUGGAACUGUCUGGACAAAGGUUGGAUGGGAGAUUCUUCCAGAAGAAGUACAUUAUUGGAAAGUUAAGGGUUCUCCAUCUCACUGCCUGCCUUAUCUUCUGGAUAAACUAUGCUGCGACUUUGCUAACAUGGAUAUAUUUCAGGGUUGUUUAUAUCUCAUUUAUAAUCUAUUACAAGCUGUCUUUUUCAUCUUAUUUGUUUUGUCUGUGCAUUACCUGUGGAUCAAAUGGAAGAAACACCAAAAAAAGCUGAAAAAGCAAGCCUCCUUAGAAAAACCUGGUAAUGAUCCAGAAAGCCCAUUGAUCAACAACAUUGACCAAACACUCCACAGAGUGGCAACCACAGCAUCAGUGAUAUACAAGAUCUGGGAGCACAGGUCUCACCAUCCUUCCUCUAAGAAAAUUAAGCACUGCAAAUUAAAGAAGAAGAGUAAAGAAGAAGGAGCCAGAAGAUACUAAAUAUAUGCAUAUGCAAAUGUAGCUUAGUCAAAUAUAGAGAUCACAAAAGAAAUCUAUCAUCUAAGGAUAAAAAUGGUUCUUUGGAAACCUUUAUAAACUUUUUGCCACAAUCUUUACUAAAAUUUUCCAAAGAAGCCUGGGUUGAAAUGUUACUUCCCAUUCAAUUAAAAAAGAACCCGGACUUACUAAAGUACUAGAGAAGAAAUUGUAUACUGUAGAAAAUGAAAUAGAGGUUGCUCUUCAAAGGGACAUUCCUCCAAGUCUAAUUCAGAAUAGAUAGUAACCUCUCUUAGAAGAAAAAUUUACUCAAAGACCUGUGCUAAUAUUCUUAAAUUCUGCUAGCUGUAAUAAAGAAAUCAAUAUACUCUGUUCUUAGCU